AUGUCGGGGCCAGUCACGAGGAGCCGCGCCAAGAACAUGCAAGAGCCAGAACCGGAACCGGGUACGUCCGCUGAAAAUAAAGAACCGACCACGUCUACCCCUGUCAAAGAUAAUUCUUUAAGAGUAAGAUCGAAGACAAGCACUAUCAGCCACAAUAUAUCUGAACGAGAACAAACCAUUCGAUCUAACGUUAGUAGCGUAGUCGUUAGAAAGAAGGAGGCUGAACUAGCAGCCGCGAAACGACUAGCUAAACUAAACUUAGAACAAACCCUCAUACAGAAAGAACUUGAAGUAACAUUGGCACGUCUAGACGCCGAGGGAAGCCGUCGCUCGCAAUCAAGCCGCACUAGUCGUAGCCGCGUUCAAAAAUGGUUGACAACGGAGCUACACGCCCACGAACAAGACGAACCAGCCCGUCGCUAUGAACCAGCAAACCACGUGGAACGUCAACAAUAUGUCGAACGAGUUCAGACACGUAAACCGCCAAAUGAGGAAUUUAUCCAUGCCCGUCCCGACCCUACGGUUUCGGAUAUACAACUACUAGCUCGAGAGAUAGCUAAUCUUCGCCGUCCAAGCGAAGUAAAAGACUUGCCUUACUAUAAUGGAAACGUGAACGAAUGGCUUUCGUUUAAAGCAGCCGUUGCAGACACCAGAGCCUCGUCGACCGAAAACGAAGUCAUCUCCAAACUCCGCCGUUGUUUAAAAGGAGAAGCUCGCGUCACUGUCGCCGCGCUUUUAGAUACUCAUGUUUCUAUCGCCGAGAUCAUGGAAGCCCUCGAACUACGGUUUGGCUUACCGGAACUGAUACUCCAAGAGGAAAUACAGGCACUCAAAGACUUACCUAAGCUUGUUGACAACACAGACCAGCUCAGUAAAUUUGCCUGCAAGGUUCGAAAUUGUGUCUCAACUAUCAAAGCCCUUAAAAAGCCUGAACACCUACACAACAUGGAGCUUUUACGAACCCUGAAACAGAAGAUACCCCACCUCAAGACUCGCUGGCUUAGUUACGCCCUAGAACAUGAACACCAGACAGAACCUGAACUUGUCAAGCUGUCAGAGUUCUUAAAGAAGGAAGCCCAAACUACCUCAAAGUACUGGAUGCACGAGACUACCCGCACUGCAAUAAAACCGAUGCAACAGCACAAGACUCAUUAUGCGAUAUCUGAAGAUAGUGAUUCUGAUCCUGAACCUGAACUUUGUUAUGCUUCAAGUCAGCCCAAAGCUCCCCUAGAAAUGUUAUGCCUAUACUGCAACUCCAAGACUCACCUUCUCAAGAACUGCGAACAGUUUCUCCGCCUGUCGAUUGAUGAACGCUGGGAAUGGGCGAAAGAGGCUAAGGUGUGCUUUAAGUGUUUGAAGUCUAGGCACCAUAGAGAGAGCUGCCGAGCCCGCCCAUGCGGCACAGAGGGAUGCCGGAUGUCUCACAAUAGACUACUUCACUCUCCGACACCUCGUCAACCCGAUUUAUCAGCCUUCGUACACCCAUCAACAUCGAGCCCUCAAUCAAACCCGGAGGUAGAAACUGAGAAACCACCACAAGAGACAACGGCUUGUGGCAGAGCUAACAAAUCUCGGGUUCUAUUAAAAUUUAUUCCUGUCCGAAUCCAAGGACCAAUAAAGUCCAAAUUAACUUACGCCUUUUUGGACGGAGGAAGUACACUAACUCUUCUAAAGCAAGAUCUCGCAAAUGAAAUUGGCCUGAAAGGGAUCGCCGAACCAAUGAGCCUGACUGGUAUGAACGCGACCGCCGAUCAUCACGGAUCUCAACGUCUUGACGUAGAAGUUACUGGACCCUCAAAUGUGCCACUAAAAUUAUACGACGUCAGAACAGUUGAAAAAUUACCGAUUUCACCACAAACUGUUGCCAACAUCGACGAAUACGAACAUCUAAAGGACCUACCCAAGACUGGGCUAUGCUAUGAGUAUGGAGUCCCAGAGCUCUUGAUCGGCCUGGACAACUGGCAGGCGACCAUUACGAAAGAGGUUCGUAAAGGAAAAAGAACCGAACCAUUAGCCACUCUGACUCCACUUGGGUGGGUUGUGCAUGGAUUUUCCCAUUCACACACCAACACUGUACAUUUCGUAGGCCACACUGACGAGGAUUUACAUCGAUUGAUUGAAGACUAUUUCAAAAUUGACGCUCUAGGGGUCACGAAUAAGAUGAAGUUGAAUGAAGAUGAUGAACGAGCCAUUGCGAUUCUACAAAAGACAGCGAGAAGGGUAGAAGAUGGCAAAAGAUGGGAAGUAGGACUUUUAUGGAAAGAGGAUAACCCUGUAAUGCCCAAGAGCUUUUCCCACGCCUCAAAGAGAUUAUUAUCUGUAGAAAAGAAAAUGGAUAAAGACUUGGUGUAUGGCCAAAAAUACAAAGACAACAUGGACAAUUUUUUGAACAGUGGGUAUGCUGGUCCCUGUGAGCCAGUUCAAUCGCCAAAGAAGUGGUAUCUCCCUCAUUUUGGAGUUACUAACAUUAACAAACCAGGAAAGCUCAGAAUCGUGCACGACGCUGCCAGUAAAGUGCAAGGUAUAUCACUGAAUGACAAACUGCUCACCGGACCCGACUUAUUACUCUCACUGUUAGCAGUCAUUUUUAAAUUCAGAGAAGGCGAAGUAGCCGUAUCUGCGGAUAUAAAAGAAAUGUUUCUUCAGAUCCGUAUAAGACCAGAGGACCGUCCCGCUCAACGCUUUCUUUGGAGAGAAUUUGACAGAAAAGGGCCUAUGAAGGAAUUCGAAAUGAAAUCAGUAAUUUUUGGAGCCACUUCUUCGCCAGCAACUGCAAUAUAUAUAAAAAAUAGAAACGCAGAAGAUUUCACUGAGGAUUAUCCGGAGGCUGUGGAAGCAAUAAAGACCCGAUUCUACAUGGAUGACUAUUUACACAGCUUCCAUUCCGUAGAAAUAGCUCGUAAAAUCACUAAAGAAGUUGCGCAUAUAAACAAGGAAGGGGGGUUCACUUUAACACAAUGGGUAUCGAACAACGAAAGCGUUAUGCAAGAAAUUGAAGAAAGCAAAAGAGGCUCAGGAGGCGUUAACCUCGAUUUCAAUGUAAAUGUCAAAAUUCUGGGACUAAGAUGGAAUCCGUGUGAAGAUACUUUUGGGUUUAAUUUAAACCUGACAAAAUUGCCCACCGAAAUUAUUGACCACACGCGAAAACCCACAAAGCGAGAAGCGCUAAAAGUUGUGAUGAGUGUGUUCGACCCACUUGGUCUUUUGACGCCUAUUGUCAUUCAAGGAAAGAUCCUUCUUCAACAAAUAUGGCGAUCUGGAAUAGGUUGGGAUCAAGAUGUGCAAGAUGACGAUCAUCUUAUAUGGAAGCGUUGGAUUGGUCGUCUUAUUAAUGUUUGCACAUGUAAAGUUCCACGGCACUACGCACCAGAGCCUACUAGUUGCGCUGUUGAACUGCAUAUUUUCUGCGACGCCAGCGAGAAAGCAUACGCAUCAGUGGCGUACUGGCGUUUUGUACGAGAAGAUGGAAAGAUAUGGGUUGCGCUUGUCACCAGUAAAUCCCGCGUGACCCCACUAAAACCAGUCUCUAUUCCCAGGCUUGAACUUCAAGCUGCUGUUCUUGCGACACGACUUGCUUGUGCAAUAGAGAAAGAUCAUGACACCAUUAAACCCGCUAAAAGGUAUUUUUGUACUGAUUCCUCAGCCGUAAUCUCAUGGAUUAAGGGAGACCCGAGAAACUACAAAACCUUCGUUUCUAAUCGGUUGGGUGAAAUCGCAGAAAAUACGAAUAACAGAGAGUGGAGAUGGCUUUCGACGUCACAUAACGUAGCAGACGACGCUACCAGAGAAAUUGAAAAUUUAGAUCCCGAACACCGAUGGUUCAAAGGCCCGUCAUUCCUAUACCAACAGCCUGAAAGGUGGCCCUCUCACAGUGAAGUUGCUGCACCAACGAGCCUAUUGGAAAUUAAGAAACCUACCUACGAUGUCCUCCCAGUGAGUGCAUAUACUACUACAUGUUUGCCUGACAUCACCAGAUUACCUAAAUGGCUCAGACUCAUCAGAGCCACAGCACAUGUUUUUACAUUCCUGGAGAGUAUUCGAACGAAGGAACGUACUGGUCUUAAAUUGGAACAUAUCAAAAGAGCUGAAGAGGCAUGGGCAAAGCAAUCUCAAAGUCAAAGCUUCCCGAUUGAAUUGGAAGAUUUCAGAAAUAAUAGGCCUUGUGAUAAGAACAGUCGACUACAUGACUUGUGUUCAUUCAUUGACAAUCAUGGAUUAUUGAGAUUGCGGGGGAGAGCCGGCGCUGUUAACGAAGUAGAUCAGAAUCUCACUCAGCCCAUUAUAUUGGACGGCAAACAUCCAUAUGUUAAAUUACUUAUUAUGUAUCACCACGAGCGAGCUAACCACGGAAAUAAUGAGACUGUUGUGAAUUCCUUACGCCAGAAGUAUUGGAUUCUCAACUUGCGCCCCAGCGUGAGGAAGGCUGCCAAAUCUUGUCAGUUGUGCCGAAUUCGCAAAGCCCGACCGACGCGACUUCCGCUUGGAGAUUUACCUCCAGCUAGACUUGCACAUCAUCACUCACCAUUCAGUCAUUGUGGCUUAGAUUAUUUCGGACCCAUGAUGGUGACUAUUGGACGAAGACACGAGAAGCGAUACGGUGCUCUGUUCACAUGCAUGACGAGUAGAGCUGUGCACAUCGAGUUGGCCGCAUCAUUAUCUGCUGACUCCGUUAUACUAGCUUUACGCAGGAUGAUAGCGCGCAGAGGAUCGCCAAUGGUUAUUUAUUCAGACAACGGUUCGAAUUUCCACGGAGCUGACACCGAAAUCAAGAGGUCUAUCAAGGCAAUCGAUCAAGGCUUGAUUAAGGAUUUUCUCCUCAAUAAAGGGAUCGACUGGAGCUUUAUACCACCUGCAUCAGCCCAUAUGGGAGGGUGUUGGGAACGACUAAUUCGCUCUAUCAAGAGUGCGCUGAGCAUAACCCUUAGAGAACAAUUCCCAACAGAAGAAGUUUUGAGAACUGUGCUAACCGAAGCGGAAUGGACAGUGAACACGCGCCCUCUGACACAUGUUUCAGUGCAUCCAGAUGACCGUGAGGCUAUAACCCCGAACCAUCUACUCCUUGCGGGACGAAACAAUAUGCCACAUUUUGGAACUUUCACUGACCAAGACCUAAUUACACGAAAACAGUGGCGAAAGGCCCAAAGACUUAGUGAUGUCUUCUGGAAUCGUUGGGUCUACGAAUAUUUGCCAACGUUAUUACCCAGAUCACAUGUUCGCGAACGACCGAACCUAAGAGAAGGCGAUGUGGUUGUUAUUGCCGAUCCAGGAUUACCACGCAACAUCUGGCCAAAGGGCAUAAUAAUUAAAGUGUUCACAGGAGCUGAUGGACGUGUACGAGUCGCCGACGUCCGCACUGCCGGGGAGUGCUGCGGCGCCCCGCUGUGA